AUGCGUCUGGGGCAAUUUGUAGUGGCGAUCGUGGCUGUUCUACUUGCUGGCGUUGCUGCCGAGAGAAAUCGUCAUAAUUUGUUGCCGCUUGACGAUGUGGAAAAUGAAGAGAGACGCGAGUCUAACAAUGGAGCCAUCACAUCUGGACGCGCGGUCUCCGUGACAACGACGGCGGUCAACAACGACGGGGGCGGGACGGUGACUGUCGCGACGUACAACAAUAACGGACUGUGGCAGCGGAUCAAAAGGUGGUGGAAGAAGCUGAUCGGGUAUGAAGAGCGCCUCCAACUGAGUGACCGGUCGUCCGGAAUCGGACCUCGUGUAGGCACUGGAGGCACGGUUGUCAUUUCUGACAAUGAUAAGGGAGGAGGUACAGUGACUGUCACGGUUUUCAACAACAACGGUCUCUUCCAGAAGAUCAAGAGGUGGUGGAAGCGCAUCUUUGAGCAUGAGGCUUCCAGAUCGGCUCGACGUCUAAGAGCAGUGUAA